AUCAUUAACAAGAGAGCUGUGGACGUUGACUUUCAGUUGAGUGAACACUGGUUAAUCAGAACAACAAUGUCAAGUGAAACUUCCCAACAUCAAAAUCAACAGCAUCCACCAUGUAGAAGAGAUGGGAGUGUCAGCAUUUUCAAUGAUCAGAAGAUUGCAAAGAUCAUAAUGGAAUGCAAGAGAGAGAGUUUCUGGUUCAGAGCUCUGCCAUUAUCUCUUGGAAGUAUGCUUGUUACCCAAGGUUUGGUGCACAAAGGAAUUCUUUCUCCUUCAAAACGGUUUGGGUCGAUCCCUAAGGUUGCCUUGGCUGGAGUGCUUGGAUUUGUGAUUGGAAAAAUUUCUUAUAUGGGAGUUUGUCGUAAAAAGUUCCAAAAUGUCGACUUCCAGCAUUUUGGAAAUAAAUUGCCUCGAGGAUACAUGAAGUUCUUCUUUGGUCAGCCCUAUUAUGAGGGUGACUCCUCUCAAGAUAAUAAUGGACCUCACCAACAUACAGAUGAUACCAAUAAAUCUGAGCAGCCAACUACAGCAACUGAUGAAUCCAGGGGAAGUCUUGUCUGCUGGAAAGUGAUAACCAAAGGGAGAUACACACCAAAGAGGGGAUAUGGCAGGGCUACUGCCAGGCAAUUUUCUGCAAAGCCUGCUUCAGAUCCAUUGCAAGUUACUUGGGUUCAAAGCAUGCCUGAGGAACCAACGUUCUAUUGCAUCCUAAACAUGCUGGUGAUAUUUUCCAGGUUCAUCGUUCCACCUUUGGAUCCAUGUAAUUCUUAAUAAUUGAAACGUUUAUCAAUGUUCUCAACAAUAAUAGAAAAGGACAAUGUUAUAUAGCAGUAAUUAUAGAUAAGUCUGAUUGUGUUGCAAGAUCAGUGUAAUGGCAUUUUUGAUCCUGAUUGUAAUAAAAUAUAAAUCACAAACCCUCAGAUAAUGUGAUUUGUAUUUAUUAAGCAGCUUAGA